UGAAAUAAUAUUUCAAUGCGCAACCAGGAAGUAAAUAAAACAAGAAGCUCAUCCUGUUUUUACAAAAUAAGCCUUUAUUAUGGAGUAUCCCCUCAAUGUAUAUACAUCUGUAUAUGCAGACCGUGUCGUUCAAGCAAACAGGACUAUUUCGGACCUUUCUUACUCUCAUGCAUGGCCAAAUUUGAUUGAAGAAAUUGAAAAGGAUCCGAAAAUGGUGAACACAUGUCGCUUUCCGACAGAUAAUUCUUCCCCUGCAAAACUGUACACACCUUUACAUCAAGCGGCUCAUGGCAGAGCAUCAAAAGAUAUAUUCAAGAAAUUAAUUAAACUAGGAGCUUCAAAAAGUCUGAAAACUGCCGAAGGUGAAACUGCAUAUGAUAUUGCCAAAAGACUUGGAGUGAGUGAAGAAAUUCUUAGUUUACUAGAAGUGCCAAAGGAAAUUAGAGAGAACUAUGACGAAAUACAAAAGAUGGAAGCUGGACUUCAUGAAGCAAUUAAAGGAAGAGUUGAAGACUUGAUAACCAAAAAUGGUCAGGCGCUUCCACAAUUGGCAUUUCUGUUCGAGUUUGGAGAAUUUUGGUACCCUGUGCCAGGCAUGUACGGAGGUUUCUCAGUUUCAAAACAUAAGAAUGGCGUACAGACUUCAAGUUGGUGUAGAGUGGCAGGAGGCAGUGGUCAACUUCACGUGAUUGACCGGACAGGAAAAGUUACGAUGGAGGAGGAAGGAUUCUGUUGAGAUUGUUCCGACAGUGAUUGUAUAUUGUUCUUCAAGCCUUGAUCAUGGAGGCUCAGUACCCUAUCAAUGUGUAUAAAAAUGCAUAUGUAGACCAUGUCGUGCAAGCAAACAGGACUAUUUCGGACCUUUCUUACUCUCAUGCAUGGCCAAACUUGAUCAAAGAAAUAAAAGCACACCCUGACAUGGUGAACACAUGUCGACUUCCAACAGAUAGUUCUUCACCUGCAAAACUGUUCACACCUUUACAUCAAGCGGCUCAUGCUAGAGCAUCAAAAGAGGUUUUCGAGGCAUUACUUAAAUUAGGAGCUUCAAAAUGUCUAAAAACUGCCAAAGGUGAAACUGCAUAUGAUAUUGCCAAAAGACUUGGAAUGAGUGAAGAAAUUCUUAAUUUACUAGAAGUGCCUAAAGAAGUUAGCGAAAACUAUGAGGAAAUACAAAAGAUGGAAGCUGGACUUCAUGAAGCAAUUAAAGGAAGAGUUGAAGAUCUGAUAACUAAAAAUGGUCAAGCACUUCCACAGUUGGCAUUUCUGUACGAGUUUGGAGAAUUUUGGUACCCUGUGCCAGGCAUGUACGGAGGUUUCUCAGUCACAAAGCAUGAGAAAGGCAUAGAGGCGUCAAGUUGGAUUCGCGUAGUAGGAGGCAGUGGGCAACGACACGUGAUUGAUAGAACAGGGAAAGUUACGCUGGAGGAGGAGGGAUUCUGUUAGGAUUGUUCUGGCAAUGAUAUUUUAUUCAAGCCACAUGUUCCACCGACUUCUGUGAACUAUUUCAUCAUACUGUUUCAUGAUACUGAUAUUAUGACAUUUCACUGGACAUAUUUGUAGCUUGACUUUACAAAGAAAUGUUGUAGCGAUUACACUUAGCUUCGUUGUCCGCCACCGGAUUAGAUUUCAUAUGUAAGCAGAUAUCUCAAUAAUAAUUAUUGGUCGGAAUGGA